AUGCAAUCUACAUGCUUUAAGCUACAAGAAAUUACAAAGAAUACAAUAGAUCUUUUAGAUUAUUAUCUAAAAAAGUUAAUAGAAAUAGAACAAUAUAUUUGCUUUGACGAAAAUAUUGCUACCAGCAAAGUCUACGAAGAUAAAGAAGCGCUGACUAAUCAAAUUAAUAUUAACUUUGAAGAAUGUGAUGAUAGCAUACAGGCUAGUGUAAGUAAUAGAAUUGUGGUGGCUUCAGAAGAUAUAUCAAAAAAUACUGUAUUCAACUCUUGGACAGAAGUUGAAGCUUUUUUUGAGAAAUAUAGAAGACGAAAUAGAUUUAUAGUGAUUAAAUAUCGUGUAAGGAAGGAUAAAGCUGGAAUUAAAAGUACAGCACAAGUUGAAUCAUAUAACUCGAUAAAAACUCAAUGGAAUAGAUUUCAUCAAUACAAAGAUUCGACAACGUUUUUCACCAUACCUGUAGCAGGAAAUGAUCUUUUUUCAACUGUGACAAAAAUUAUUGACCAAUUUUUUAUAAAAGUCAUUAACAAUAUGAUUAAGGCUAAGAUGACACAAUGUUUGUUUCUUAUAGCUAACAGGAUUGAGCCAACAGCUGAAGAACUUAAUUUUAACAGGAGGUCGAUAAAGACAUUUCAUGUGGAUGAUAAUCAAGUCAUAUCUAAAGAAAAAAAUUAUACUGAAAGUAAUACAAUUAGUAAUGAUAAUUAUUAUACUGAUAAUGCAACUUCUGAUAAUAAA